UUGUUUUGCUAGGUACUUUACGCUUUGAGACCCGUUAUGUGCCACUCAGUCAGUGCGGCGACGUCUCGAGAUCGGAUGAGUUUAAAAAAAAGAAAAAAGAAGUGAAAUCCAGGAUGAAACGAAAGAGAGUAGCGCGCAUCAUCGACUUGGACGAAAUGGAACUCGGCCAGAGCGUCUGGAGUUUGUUUUUCAUACCCAAGUGGUGGAUCUUGGUCGCUUUUUUAGCAGGUCUCCUCCCGCAGCAGUGUUGUGGUGUCCACGUGUUAGUAAAAGAUGAGAAGAAGUACGCAGUGUUGUUCCAGUCGGUGGUGUUGCCGUGCCAGUUCAACAGCGUGUCCACACAAACGCCCAUCGUGCAAUGGGUCUACAAGUCGUACUGCCGGGACCGCACGAGGGAUUCUUUCCGCCUUUCCGACAGCCUGAGCGGAGGCUCGGGAGGAGCCGGACCGAUGGGAGGAUCGGGCCACGACGUCGGGAAGAAAGCCAGCUACCUCGACUGCUCUGACAGCGGCCGCACGGUGCGGACUGUGGCCUCCGUCUCUGGAUCCUCAUUAACUCUGUCGGAGUACUACAAGAACAGAGAUGUUUCCAUCAUCAACAAAGCAGACUUACGCAUCGCAGAAGUCCAGUGGGGAGACAGUGGCGUGUACACAUGCAAAGUGGUUAUCGCUGACGACGUGGUAGGACAGAAUGAAGCCUCCGUGGAGUUGCUGGUUCUGGGUUUCUCAGGUGCGCCUGGAGAUUUGCUGCCUGAUUUUGAAUUGAAGAUUAUGCCAGAGUGGGUUUUUGUGGGCGCCGUGGCACUGGGCAGCGUGCUAUUCCUCCUGUUGGUUGGCGUUUGUUGGUGUCAGUGUUGUCCGCACUCGUGCUGCUGCUACGUCAGCUGCUGCUGCUGCCCGGACACUUGCUGCUGCCCCAAGCAUUUGUACGAGGCAGGUAAGGGUAUAAAGACGGGAACCUCAAACCUGCAGACGCUGGCGUACCCGCCAUACUUUGUUUCUGGCGUACCGGCCAUGGUACCCAUUGCGCCCCCGUCCCUGGUGGAACAGAUGUCAUCCGUCCCCCCGUCAGAUGGUAGUCUACUCACAGCAAUUCCAAUACAUGCUUUAGGUGCUCCCUACCGCUUGCCCUCAUCCCAGGACCAGGACUCCCUCAGGGUUCUACAAUAUGUAGAGAACCAACUGGCUCACUUCAACCCUGCCAGGUCCAACAGCCACCAGUCCUGUGGCGUGUCCGAACUGAGUUCCCUCCACGAAGGAGAAACCGCUUUUCGCCCGACAUUCCGGAAGGUCCAGAAGAAAGCACUUCCGCCCAUUCCGGAUGUCGAUCUUCAACCCGAACCGAGACGAUACCGGGACAACUGCAGUCCGGAGCCGCAGCGCUUCCGUGACGACGCCCCUUCUUCACCACAGCGUUAUCGCCAGGACCCUGAGUCAGAACCCCGUCACUGUGCAGAGGAUUCCCUCCCGCCACGCCGCUACAGCGACGACCCUCCUCCCUCUUCCCAGUCUCGAAGGCACAUACGUGAUGCUCGGCAACAGAACCACAGUGAAGAGAACCGCCACAACAGGUGGAACCCUCGUUCGGAACAUCUGGAAAGAAAGACCUACCACACCGGGGGACGGACUGGCUCGCUGGACGAACUGGAAGAGUUUGCCGCUACCUACAAGCAAAGAGGACGCAGACGAGGGGAAAACAGGGACGACGAGGACGACGAGCCAGAGCAUCAGGAGUUCAGCCGUUACCCUUCGUAUCGGCACGGUCCGCCGCGGCACCGCUACGAUGACCGCAAUGAGCUCAGAGACGGCAGCGACCGCGAAGACCGACCCAGAAGAAAGAAGAAACAUGGGCACAACAUAAGCCCACUUCCAUCCCCGAAAAAGGGGCGGGGCACCUGGGGAAAUGAGCGUUCUGCCUCGCCGCCUCCCAACGUGAGUCCGCCGUCGACUUCUUCUCAAGAGAAAGACUACGACGGCGCGUUCCUGAACAGCCUUUUGGAGCGUAAAGCUAAGUUACGAGAAGUCGUCCAGGGGAAGCCGGGCACCCGGGGAGAGGACGAUUCGGACACACCCUCAAAGGGAAGCUCGAAAAAGAGCAGCGGGGAGUCCGGCCGCCACUGCAGCAGGUCGCCUAGCGACAGGCCCGAAGCCCACUCACCGGCCCUUUACUCGGAUCCGGAGCGAAGCCGGAACGGCAGGCCGUCUCCGCGGCCCCUCCCGACGCGCACCCGCUCGCCGCAACCUCCUGCUCCUGCUUCCCCGCUCAAUCGCCGUGGGGAGACCAGAGACAAAGCUCGGAAAGUGCAGGGGACUCUUCUCAGCCGGGAUUCCCUCAUCGUGUGAUUGGCCGAAAGCGCCUCGGCGCUCCGAAGGGGGCGGACCGUCCGACCGCGUCAUUCAACGGGCGCUUGCGGCGCGUGUGAGCUGAUAAUAGACUCACUGUAACUGGUACACUUGAAUGGAGACGUGGAUGACGCGCGUAGAAACUAAACUGCCGAUGUCACCGGCCCUCCGUUCGCGUCGCCGGUCGCCGAGCGUACGUCUCGGGUGGAGAAAUGCGGGCUUGGUGUGUGACCUGGAACGUCCCUCCUGGCGGGACCACCCCCGCCUUCCCCUUCCUCCCUUUUAAAAGGAGAUAGAAAAA